AGUUUGUCUGCUAACAGGAGUAGUGGAUUUUCUUUUGCACUUUUCAGACCUGCAGCAAGAUGCUGGUUUUGUUUUUCUGUCUGCUCUCUCUGACAGCAGCGGCUGCUGAAGAGGGUCUUGGUGGUAAAGUACUUAUGUUUCCAACCAAGACUAAUUCAAGUUUUGUUAAACUCACUCCUGAAAAGUCACUGAGUCUGACAGCAUUUACUCUCUGCAUGCGUGUUGCAAUGGAGCCCCAGGGCGGGAGGGAGAUCAUUCUGUUCGCCUACUGCGUAGCCGACUACGACGAGCUCAACGUGUGGAGAGAGAAAGAUGGUCGGUUGUCCUUGUAUUUGCAUUCUAGUGGCAAAGCAGCAUUUUUCCACCUGCCUCCGCUCUCCAUCUUUCACACUCACCUGUGCGUCACCUGGGACUCCAAGACAGGUCUAUCUGCCUUUUGGGUGGAUGGACUGCGCAGUUCCUUCAAGCUCUACAGAAAAGGUCACUCAGUUCUUCCUGGCGGCACCGUCGUGCUCGGCCAAGACGCUGAUUCGUGUGUAGGGUCUGUAGGGUCCUUUAACGCAGAGCAGAGCUUUGUAGGAGAAAUUACAGAUGUGAAAAUGUGGGAUUAUGUUCUCUCUGGCAAACAGAUUAAGGCGGUUUAUUCAAACCAGGAACCGUAUGUGCCAAAGGGAAACAUGUUUGACUGGAACACCAUCAAAUAUGAGACCAGGGUGGGUCUUGGUGGUAAAGUGCUUCUGUUCCCGUACGAGACUGAUUUCAGCUUUGUUGAACUCACACCUAAAAAGCCACUGGGUCUUUCAGCAUUCACCCUCUGCAUGCGCGUCGCGACGGAGCUCCAGGGCGAGCGGCAGGUCAUUCUGUUCGCCUACCGCACGCCCGACUUCGACGAGCUCAACGUGUGGAGAGAGAAAGAUGGCCGUGUGUCCUUCUAUCUCAGUGGCGACGGAGCGUUUUUCCACCUGCCUCCUCUCUCCACCUUCCGGACUCACAUGUGCCUCACCUGGUCCUCGCGCACCGGGCUCACGGCCUUCUGGGUGGACGGACGCCGCAGCGCGUUUCAGCUGUAUAAACCGGGUCACAGCAUCCGUCCGCAGGGCACCGCUCUGCUCGGCCAGGACCCAGAUAAACACCUGGGGGACUUCGAGACGGUGCAGAGUUUUGCCGGCGAGCUCACGGACCUGAACAUGUGGGACUACGUCCUCACCGGAAACCAGAUUAAAGCGCUGUAUUUUAACCAGGCGCAGCGCGUGCCGAAGGGAAACGUGUUUGAUUGGAACACCAUUGAAUAUGAGAUUAAGGGAAAUGUGUUAGUCGUGCAGGAUGAUUGAUUAAAGUAUGUAGCCUACCGUUUUCUACAUGCUAAUAUGUUGCCAUCACAAAAUAGGCUAGUUUGUGGAUUUGUUCAUUUAAAGGCUCAGUGUGUAAAUUUUAGCAGCAUCUAGUGGUGAGGAUGCGAAUUGAAUAGAGAAGCUACCGUGGCCGACACAGGACAAAGAUAUCGUCAUCUGAGAAAGAAGAGAGAGUAGCCAGUCAAGCAAACACGCUUUGUAGAGCAGUUUGUCCAUUUAGGGCUGCUGUAGAAACAUGGUGGCACAAAAUGGCGACUUCCAUGUAAGAGGACCCGCGGUGUAUGUAGAUAGAAAUGGCUCAUUCUAAGGUAAUAAAAACAUAACGGCUCAAUAUAUAAGGUCUUUAUACACCACUGAAAACAUAGUUAUGUAUAUUAUAAUGCAUUUCUGUCAAUAGAUCCUCUUAAAUAUUACACACUGGACCUUUAAUUUUGCUGCCUUAGUUUAGAAUAGGG